AUGGAUGCCGCACCGCCUGAACUGCUGGUGCUACUGUCACAGAUCUGUGGCGCUGUGAUGAUCGUGUUGUGUCUGUUCGGGGUCGUGGGCAAUUCACUCUCCCUAUACAUCUACACGAGGCCAGCUUUCCGCAAAAGAUCGAUCAAUAUUCUACUAUCAGCGCUGUCGGCCACAGAUCUCUCAGUAUGUGUGCUGUCAAUACCAGUUUUUAGCAGCAACCAUUUGCAGUUCUUCUUGCCAGUUUCCGAGAGGACGAUCGCCCUGCUCAUGUUCUAUGCGUAUCCGGUCACUGUCAUGUUUCAAUCGAUGAGUGUCUGGCUGCUUGUAUCGAUUACUGUCGAUCGAUAUUUGGCUGUGUGUCAUCCUUUCGAAGUCAGCAGCUACUGUACACGGUGA